UUCAACUUCUAUUUAGAUUUUGAAGUCAUUAAUUUUAUGUGGGCAGAAACGUACAGCUAAAAGCUGGCAGAAAUGCAUUUAUUUUGCUGCAAACGUUUUAUUUAUUUUUAAUAUUAGAUAAAAACGUAAAGAUGUAAUAGAGUUAAAAUAUUAUUUUUUUGAGAGCAGUUAUUUCUUUUUAUCCUAAAGCGCGUGAAAUAAAAUAUAGAUUUGGUGGAUAUUAAGAACAAUUCAAGAUGGUUUAUGUUAUGAAAGGCAUUUUAGUGGAAUGUGAUUCAGCAAUGAAACAAUUUCUGUUGCACUUGGAUGAAACUAAUGCUUUUAAAAAGAAAUUUAUCAUAGAAGAUCUCGACGAAACACAUCUUUUUAUUGCUGCCGAGAUGUUAGAGGUUCUUCAAACACGCAUUGAUGACUUAAUGGAUCAGAUAUCCUUCCCAUUAGCUGAAAAAUAAAUUUGCUUUAUUUAUCUGAAUCGACUUUCCCAUUGGCUAAAACUGUACCAAUUUUGCUAAGUUUAUUUACUGUAUUCUCGUAAAUCACUUUAAUAAUUUCAUCAUGGCUGAUAAGCGUGAAUCGAGCAGGGUGAAGGAGUCGAACCAAAGAAAAGUCAUGGAUGAAGCUUCCCGCAGAAGGCGGAUCAAAAAAGCUCUAGAAGUCUUGGAGCAGGACAAUUUUCAUGAUGAUCCACAUGCUAAUUUGGUUAUGCAUAAGAAUGCACCAAAAUUUGAAGAAACUAUUGAGAGUAAGAAAAGGAGGAAACUAAAAACUGAACCUUUUAAACAAAGAUUCAGAAAAAAUUUCACUGCUCUCUUAGAAGAUGAAGUUCAGUUCUUUACGAAAGACAAGACUAAUUAUUUGACUGCUAAAGUUCCUUCCUCCAAAUAUCCAGAGAGACAUUUUUGUGCUGUUUGUGGAUUUGAAUCUGCUUAUACUUGUGUUCAAUGUGGUACUAAAUUUUGUAGCGUCAGAUGUCAUGGUGUUCAUCAAGAUACUAGAUGUUUGAAGUGGACAACAUAAUUUCUUGUAGUGUAUUUCUAUGUAUUUUUUCUUUCAUUAAAUUGUUCUUUAAUAUCUG